CCUGCCUUCCUUUCAACAGCUUUUGGUGGAUAAACAGCGUCGCGGGUUUGUCUCGCUGGACCCUGACAGGGUUUCUUCACAGCCAGACGUCAGAAGUCCACGGCACGAUGGGAAGCUGCGACGGCUUGUCUUCAUCUCCAAACAGAGGUGGAUACGUCAGCUGGAGCGUGGACUCUGGAGAGUCCCGGCAACCUCCAACUGGACCUCCACUAGGAGCAGAGGCUUUUUCUAACCAGAGCCAGGAGCCGACCCAUUCAGGUUGCGUCCCAUCUCUGAUUCGGUCAACACAAGAACCCAGUGGAGAAGAAGAAACAAACACGGCAUUCGACCUUCCGUACCCACGAAAACAACUCACAAGGAGGAAAUGCACCAAAAUCUCCAAAAACUCCAGACAAAUCCCAGGGAAUAGCAAGCUCAGAGACCACGAUAGGAGCUCCAAACUGCCACGAGACGCUAUGGCAAACAAGGAGGAACCUUCUCAUUCCAAGGAUGAAAACGUUCCCCUACACAGGAGCAGUCCAGUCAUCUCCAGACGCAGCAAACCUGUCUCCUGGCAGGAAAAAGCAGCCAGUCCGUCUAAUUCAUUAAGCAUGGACUCUUCCCCUCCGUCGCCCGGUUCAUGUGACCAGCGUGAGUGUCUGACGUCUACCGGUAAGGAGGACGCGGAGCGCCGGCUGACUUCCUGUCACCAACCGUUCGAAACCACGGUGGAGGAUGAGAAGCCGCGUGUUUCUCUAUCGUCAAGCCCGAUCAGCAUCCUGAGCAGCCAGGACCGAUCCAGCAGAAGCCCUCAGCAACCUGAGAAGGAGCACAGGGGGUGGAGCCUAAACAGCUGGAGUACCCCCAACAGGACAGGUCACUCCUCCUCAAAGCCUCACAGCAAAGACCGAAGCUGCUCUGAACUCCUGGAUUUACCUGCAGACAUCUUUAGGACCAGCUGUGAGCUGGAAAAGGAGAACGCUCACUUUGUUGUGGUGGACAUGAUGCUGGAGGUUCUGGAAGGCGUCAAAUGGACUCUGAGCUUCGACUCCGUGAUGUAUAAGCACUGCGUUGUGUGCUCAAAGACACAGCCGAGCUCUGAGCGGCGCAACCCGGCGCGCACACACGGCUCCAACGCUUCCGGCUGGAUCGCUCCUCAGAGAUCCAGCUGCAAGCGCAGGCUUCUGCGUGACGACACGAGGCCGCAGCGGACGGACCGGCGUGCGGAUACACAGGAACCACAGGCUACUCACAAUGAGCAUCAAACCAAGAGUCGGUCCAUUCUUUCUACUGACAGCGGGUUUGAAGGUAAAAACUUUUUUUUUUUUUUUUUUUUACCUUCAAUUGUUUUAUCUCAGUGUCAGAAACAGAUUAUUUAAAAUUUCCAGAGAAAAGAGGCAUUCGAAUAUAUAAAGAUCUAAUUCAAAUGUAAUUCAUU